UUGCCAAGAGGCAGAGAACCUCCAAGUCUUGCACCUGCAGCCAGUCACAACAGGAGAAUGAGGGUCAGCCUGCUCCCCUGGGCCUUCCUGCUCACGGUCGUCAUCCUCGCCUCGGCCGAGGCAGUUGAAGAACCAGGUACAAAAAGGAUUGUCUGCUGCUUUUCCUUCCUGACUCGGAAAAUCCCACUCCAGUUUGUGGAAAGUUAUGCUCGAACCAAUAACUCGUGCCCAAAACCUGGGGUCAUCUUCCACACCAGAAGGGGACGUCAGAUCUGUGCUGACCCCAAACAAGACUGGGUGAAGAACUAUAUCCAACGGCUGGACCGUAGGAGCCUUGGGCUCAAGCACAGUGCGAUCCCACAGCCCAGGGAUGGGUAGAAGAGCCACAUACCAUUCCUGCACCCCACCUUCAAGAACAGGACCCUGUCCUGCUUUCUGUGCUCUCCCACCCAGGCACACUUUGCCCCCUGAAGCUUUGCCACAGUGCCCCACUACCGAAGGCCUAAGGAGUGUGGCCCCCAGCAUUAUAUUCCCUUCCCAGCCCCCCUUCCCUCCCCAAUGAAAUAAAAUGGAAGCAGAAAGGGAACCAAGGGGCUUAAACUGAACCUCUCCCAAGGCAAUGUGCUUAUAUCUUUGAUUUUGCCGACACUUUCACAAGUCUGUGGUAGGGAUCAGGGUCUGCUCUGAAUAUUUCUGCCAAUUGAAACAGUGGAAUGAGGACCAGGAAAGAGCUCAAGGGGCAAGAUAUAUAUCUGGCAUGCCCAAGGC